CGACAGUAUCAAGCUCAUCAUCUCCAACUCUACGUCGCCUCGCCCAUCUCUCGCAACAUCGCCGUCAUGGUUUCCUACCGAUUUUCUGUUCUUGCCCUGCUGGCUCUACGCACCAUUGGUGCCGUAGCUGCCAAUGCCUCCCCUGAGGAUGCCGCUAAAGAAGGUGUUACCCCAGCUGAGGAUGCACCGCCUUUCGACGUCUCCGUAACUGCUUCCUUCCCCAGUGCGGAGAUCUUUGGCCCCAAGAUUAUCAAUGGCCAAGGCACCCACGCCCUCCUCGAUAUCACCAACAAUGAGGGUGCGCCCAUCACGCUGGUCAUGGUUGGUGGCAUGCUUUCACGCCCUGAGACCGACCUCAAGGCUGGCGCACAUGCCUCAUCCUUGAUUGUGAAGAACUUGACGACUACGAAGUACACGGUGGAGGUCCCGGCAGGAGCCAAGGAGAGCUUACCAUAUACUUUCACGACGGACCUGCAGCCGGCGGACUUGCAGCUGUCUUUGAUGGCCAUUUUCACCGAUAACAAGGGCAACGUUCGUCAAGUACCAGCGUUCCAUGACACUGUCAGCGUUGUUGAGGCGCCGACUAGCUUCCUUGACCCCCAAAUCGUCUUCCUCUACCUUGUGCUUGCCGCCGCUACUGCCGGUACGCUCUACUUCGUCUACAAGACCUGGAUCGAGACUCUCUUCCCCCAGACUAAGCGCGGAGGCAAGGGAGGCGAGCGCGCACGUCGCUCGCUGGCUGGUACCAAGAAGGCCGUUCCAACCGAUGAGCAGCUGAGCGUAAUUGGUGCUGAUGGACCAGCUGUCACCACCAAGGAUCUGGCACAGCAGGCAUACGAUGAGAGCUGGAUCCCAAACCACCACAUCAACCGCCCAUCGGCGAGGAAGGUCCAGAGCAGCUCUAAGAAGAUUCCCACGAAGUAAAGAGUAAACAGUAAUCUUGAGAAUAAUUGGGGAUAAUUCGUUAUGUGGGGGUUUCGGAGCCGGAGCG